AUGCGGCUGUUAUUAACAGUCACAACGUUGAUGCUGGUGAUCCUUCAUCGUUUAUGUGAUGGUGGAGCUCCUGGUACAAGUGGCUUACUUGACAAACUAAAAGUGAAAACGAUCAUCGAAAAGGAAGCUAAACAGUACUUGGCAACGUUUGGGUACAUGUCACAACCAAAAGCUCUCAAUGAAGGCUCACAGAAAUCGCAGUUCCCUAACGAAGAAGAUCUAAAGACAGCACUUUUGCGAUUUCAAAAAGCUUUUCUUCUCUAUCAAUCCGGUAUAGUGGAUCUCCCUACACACUCGAAGAUAUCUGAAUAUCGAUGUGGCAACAAGGACAUGUCCGAUGGCCAACAACUACGUGGUAAUAGUUUCCUACAUUUAGCGGCCUGUGAUGAGGCAUUCGAGAAGUGGCGACAAGUUGCUGACAUCGAUUUUCUUGAAACCAACAACGCUACGAAAGCUGAUAUCAGUGGAAUCUCUCUAUACCAUACACUACUUCAUGAAAUUGGACAUACGCUUGGAUUGCAGCACAAUUUCUAUCGUGGAUCGAUAAUGUAUCCGAUGCUGAAACCAGCACUAGUUCCCUACAGUUUCUUAGAUAAGAUUCCCAAUGUCGACAAAUUAUCCUUACGCAGGUUAUACGUGACAAAGGACGAGUGGAUGGUAUUCUACGAAAAUAACGUCUACCGCAUAAAGGGCAGAAAAUUCGUCGACAACGGAAGGAAAAUUCAGGACGUAUUCCCUAAAGCACCCGGAUUCGUGAACGCAACAGUAACUUCAGGCAAUUUAGUUUUGCUGUUCGUUGAAAGAACUAUAUACGGAUAUGAAUACGACGGAGUUACUUUCAGUGAAGCACCAGAUUUCCCUAGAGAAUUACACGAACGAGUACUUUUCUACCCACAGGCGGCUUUCCCACUGACUAACGGAAGCGUUAUUCUUCUUUCGGGUAAUGUUUUUGCUACAUACAGUGUGCUCGAUAACGUGCCAACAUUCCUAAAUGAUAAAACACGAUACUUCCCGAAUUUACCGAAUGAUCUACGAUCUGGUGUAUUGGAAGACUUACGAAACAGCAACAGAUAUUGGAUGUUCGACGAAAAAACGGUGAGUGAGAAAUAUCGAGGAAUUGUUCCAUUAUUUUUAUAUAACUAA